ACUCUCUCUCCUUCACCUUUCCUUUCCCUUUCUUUUGCAAACCCAGAUCUGGAGUGGACGCUCGAUCACUUCUUCGUUCCUCUAGGUGACAGUGCCUUGUUCAAUCUUGUCAUCGUUCACGCCAAACCUUUUGUUGCUACUGCCGUCAGCCUUCUUCUUCUUCUCUCUCAAACCCAGAUCUGGGUUUUCAUCAUAUAAAUUUGGGUUUUGCUCAAGACUUUCGACGAAGACGAAGAAGGCACGAGCAAAUAAAAACUAAAACUAAUUCAACCCAAAUAAAAACCCAGGUACAGAAUCUGACUAAAUAGCAACAGGACAUUGCAGAUGCAUAUAUAGAUACGAGUAGAACUGAUAUUGACUGACUUACCUGAAGUUGAGGAACUGACCAAAGGCAAUAAGGGGCCAGAAAAUAAUAUGGGCCACGAUUCAUGUUAUGGGGUUACAAGAUUCGGAGUUUGUAGAGCAAAAUCUAAUCCCUGAUUCUUGCAUUGUAGAUGGAUCUGGGUUUGAUAGAGGAAGACCCAUAUCUGGGUUUGCAGAAGUGAAAAGGAAAGGACUUCCAGUGACGAAGAAGAAGGCACAAGCUCCGGGUCUUUCCCUGGGUUUUCUCGAACAGCGAUUCGACAAAAUAGCAUCAUCGGAAAGGACUUUCGACGACGAAGAAGAAGGCACGAGCUCUGGGUCUUUCUCUGGGUUUUCUCGAACAGCGAUUUUACAAAAUAGCAUCAUCGGAAAGGACUUCCAGCGAUGAAGAAGAAGGCACGAGCUUUGGUACAAGAUUCAGAGUUUGCAUAGUAUAAUCUAAGGACUUCCUCCUUGAUUCGAGUGUUGCAAACAGAUCUGGGUGAGAGAGGAAGAACUAGAUCUGGGUUUGCAGAAGAAAGGGAAAGGAAAGGU